CACCUGUUGGAUUUGAAGCUGCAAAAAAAAACCCCUGAAGAAAAUAAUGGAGACUAGUCACACUCCAGAACCACCCAGACUUUCGUCGCCGGCCGAAACCAUAGCCAACCACGACGACCUCCUCUCUCAGAUCCUCCUCCGCCUCGAAGCCAAGUCCCUCAUCCGCUACCAAUGCGUCUCCAAGCACUGGCUCUCUCUCAUUUCCAGCCCCAAAUUCCGCGAACGCCACACUCUACGAAACCCUAGCCCUCCCCUCUCCGCCUUCUUCUUCCUCUCCACCGCCAAGCGCCUCACCUUCGUCUCCCUCUCCGGCGGAUCCACCUCCUGUCCCCUCGACAGCGUCCCGGAGCUCGCCGGAGUCAAGAUUCUCCAGUCCUGCAAUGGCCUCCUCCUCUGCUGCUCCGGCGGUGGCGAAAGGAGCCGGAGAGGGUUCUAUGUAGUCAACCCCACCACCAGCCAGUUCUCGAAGCUUCCUUCUCCCCCUUAUGGGUAUCAAUUUGAUGAUAGUGUGGGUGUUGCGAUUGCUUUUGAUCCUUGUAGAACUGGGAAUGUUAAUUACAAAGUCGUCGCGGUAUGGGAGAUUGGUCCUAAUAGUGUAGGGAUUGGAAUAUAUGCAUCAGAGACUCGGAGUUGGAGUCUGGGGUUGAGUGCUGUUGAGUUUAUGCAGGGGCAGUUUGAGCUCGACUUCAGCCGCGGAGUGUAUUGCAAUGGAGCAAUGCAUUGGCUGACUCAUAAGGAUGAGUUGUUGUACUGUCACAUUGGUGAUGGUAAUGAUGAAAAAGUGGUGAAGGAUGGAGUUGUGGCUAGCCCUGUUGGGCUAGUGUUCGACAGGGAGUAUAGGUACUUCGGGGAGUCGUGUGGCCGUUUGCAGCUGAUCGAUGUUUUCAAGCCGUUUGUUACUCAGUUUGAAGUGAGGGAGUUGAAGCCGGAUUACUCUGGCUGGGUGGUCAAGUACCAUGUUGAUGUCUAUUCGACAGUUGAGGCGUAUAGGCCUUGUGUUAAUGAGAUGUUGAUGCCGAGGGAGGGCUCUGGCUGGUUUGUCAAGUGCAAAGCUGAUUUGUAUUCAACUAGCUAUUCCUUUCAGGAGGUGGUUGGGUACUAUUUGGAUCGAUAUUAUUCCUACGUUGUUCUCGCUUUUACUGGUGAAGAGAAUGGAGGGGAUCCGUGUGUGUUGCUCUAUUUUCCUGCUAAGGUCAUCUCUUACAAUCUUAGGGAUAGGACCUUCAAGAAAUUAUGUGACGUAGCUCCUGUAGACACCGGUGUGGCCAAUGGAUCCUUACAUGUGGAGUGGGUGGAGGCUUAUCAUCAUGUGGCCACUUUGGCUUCUGUGUGAAGAUUUCAGCUUGGAUUAGAAGCUGAAUCUUGUGAAAUUUCGGCUGCAGCAGAGAAUAUCUACCUAUGCUCUCAACCGAAGAUUGUAAGAAUAUGUAAUGUUAUAAAUAAUAUAUUGUGUGGAGGUUAUGUAACUAUAUAUUUGGGUUCUGAAUCUCUAAACAUAUGUAUAUGCAUGCAUAAGUGACAAGAAAAGCACCCUUGCAUAAAAUUUGUAAAUAGAAAGAACAUAUUCUAGAUUUAGAGUUUUACUUAUGUUUCUACAGCACCCUAAUAAUUUGAAUAAUAUAUUAUGCGGAGGUUUUGUAACUAUA